CCGGUUAGGAUUGCCAGAUUAAACAGUAAACGUCACUCCGCUCCAAAAAGAAAGUUUUUGUUUAUUUCAUAAUUUUUUGGUAUGGUAAAAUUGGAAGUACAAACAUUACUACACAGACUACAUAUAAGUUAGUCAUUUUAGCAAAAGAGGAUUGCAGUAGAAACGCUAAGCAUAAAUGGAACAGUGGAGUGUUUGUCGGCUGUGUCUGCAGUCAAAUGAGGGCAUUAUGAAGCCCCUUUCGGACGUGACUUAUAAUAUGAUUCCCUUCUUCAACAUUUACUUUGAACUCGUGGGAAUUACCUUCAUGGACUAUCCGACAUUCCCAGGAAAGAUCUGUAUGUCCUGCGAAGAACAACUGUAUCAAGCCUACAGGUUCCGGGAGCAGUGCUUGGAAACUGAGGAUAGACUGAAAGAGUUUUUGAAUGAAGGAAGCAACAAUUUCGCUAAUGAAUUCAUUACCUCCCCAAAAAAUAAGGAGAAGAAACCAUUUAUAACCAUAGAAGGAGUUUUUCAAGGAUCAUCGUCUGACCAUGCUUCAACAGAAAAAAUUAACAUUAAAAAGGAAUAUGAUUCAGAAAUGGAAUUUGAUUUUCCAGAGUAUGAGACUACCUCAACAAGUAUUGGAGAUUCAAAUUCAUACUCACUGGACAAGAGCAAAGAUGCUGAGGAUGCGAAAGAAGAUUCGAAGACUAAAAAGGAAGUGCCAUUGCAAAUAAUUCUAUGUAAGCAAUGUAAGGGAGCAUUCAAAGGAAUUGUUGUGUUCAAGAAACAUAAUUGCAACAUGCCAGGAUCAAGUGCUAAUACAAAGCCGAAAAGAGUCAGAAAGGAAAAACCUAAGAAAGUCUACGAAUGCACGGAAUGUCAGAAAAUUUUUCAACAAUCUCAUGCCUAUAUGAUUCAUAUGGAUAAACAUAAUAACUUCCUCAGAUAUGCUUGUGAUCAGUGCGAUAAAAAAUUCUCAACUUGGCUCCAGAGACGCAAUCAUGUUUACCGAAUUCAUCUUAAGAAGGCAUACUGUGAGUGUUCCUACUGUGGCAAAGGCUACUACAAAAAACACGACUUAUCUGUUCAUAUUAAUUCUGCACAUCUGAAAACUAAAACCUCUCAAUGUGACACUUGUGGGAAAACCUUCUACAAUGUGAAACAAUUCCAAAAGCAUUUAAAAAAUCAUGGUCCACAGGAAAAAGUUCAAUGCAAAGUAUGUUCGAAGUGGCUGAAGAAUGAAAAGACUUUGGUACAGCACAUGAGGAUACAUAGCGAUGAGAAAAACUACAUUUGUCCUGUGUGUUCCUUAGAAUUCACAUGGAAUGCAUCUCUAAAAUCUCAUGUUAGGAGUGUUCAUCCUGAUCAUGUGCAUCUCCUGCCACCUGAUGGGACGAUCGUCAAUAAAGGAUAUCUCAAAAAACUUGCAGAAAAUGCAGAAAAUGCUUAAAUUAUUACUGAAGUAUAAUAAAAUAUAUCUAAGGGCAUUUAAAUGAAAUAGAAAAAUAAUACAGUUAUUAUCA